AAUUGCUCUCGAAUCCAAUAUGGCUGCGCCCAUGGCAUGCACGAUGUUGUACACCGUUUCCAUCACACACACAGGUCUUUGAACUUUUCAGAUUUGCACCUCACAUUUGGUACUUUGAUCAGUGCCUAUUAAAGAAAACAAGAUGCCACGCUAUGCACAGUUGGUUAUUGGCCCAGCUGGCAGUGGAAAGUCCACUUAUUGCAGCAACAUGCUGAGACACUGUGAGAACAUCCAUCGCGCAGCACACGUUGUCAAUCUCGACCCUGCCGCUGAAUAUUUUGACUAUGAGCCAGUUGCAGAUAUUAAGGAAUUGAUUGAAGUUGAUGAUGUGAUGGCUGAUGAGGAGUUGAGGUUUGGACCAAACGGUGGCCUGGUCUUCUGCAUGGAGUACUUUGGGCAAAAUUUUGAUUGGCUGAAGGAGCAGCUGGGAGACGUUGAGGAUGAUUACCUCAUUUUUGAUUGCCCAGGUCAAAUAGAGUUGUACACCCACAUCCCAGUCAUGAAGCAGUUGGUUGAAACCCUGCAGAGUUGGGACUUCAGAAUCUGUGCCUUGUUUCUGGUGGACUCCCAGUUCAUAGUCGACACAAGCAAGUUCUUCUCUGGUAUAAUGACGGCUCUUUCCACCAUGGUCAAUCUUGAAGUUCCUCACAUCAAUGUCAUGUCUAAGAUGGACUUACUUGGCAAGAAGGCGAAGACAGAUAUUGAGAAAUUUUUGGACCCAGAUCCACAACUUUUGCUGGCAGAAUCACAGCAUCUCUCGCCCAAGUUCCAGAAGUUGAACGCAGCCUUGGCAAACCUGAUUGAGGAUUACAGCUUGGUGCGUUUCAUCCCCCUGGACCCAACUGACGAGGAAUCAAUGAGCAACCUGCUGAUCAGCGUAGAUACCGCGUUGCAGUACGAUGAAGAUCAAGACGUGAGGAUACCAAGAGACGCUGAUGAAGACGAUGGGGAUGUAGAACUAGGUGGUGCUGGCUUUGGGGCUGGAGACGACUGAACACACAGUGACGAGAGAGCUAUGCAUAUUGAGAAUCAUGCAUAUUUUUCAAGUAGUUAAAUUCUUUCUGAGGAUUCUUCUAAAGUGCACAGGCUUUUUAGCUUGGAAGCUUGAAGAAACCUGCAGGGAAAAGAUGAUGAAAUGUUCCAGGAAAACCAUGGAAUCAGUUAGGGACUGUAAGCCCAAUCUAAGAGUUGUCCUGUGAAGGACUCGAACCUGCAUGGGUCACUGAGAUGGAAGGCGAGGAAAGUGCUGCUGCGCUAGCUAACCUGACUGUCUCUUCAUGAUAAUGUUGAUGAGGUUAAGUAAUUACAUCAACAUGGAAGCCCUGUUUCAG